AUGUGUAUGCCUACUCCAAACAAUGUUUCGGGCUUCGGUUACUCGUGGGGCUUCACUAGUUCCGCGGACCUUACGAAGGGCGAAGUGGAAACACCGAGUAGUUUGAGCUAUACCCUAGGAAAUACGGUGUCUCCAGAGACAACCCUAACUGUUAUGUCCCAUAAAACACCACAAGUCCAAGAAAAAGUUGGUGCGGUCACUGUAGCUGUGUCAAAUUCAGGAGCUCAGUUGACAAGGGUGGUAACUACAGGGACGCCAGUCACUGGGAGACGUGCAAUGUUUGUAGUCAACGAUGCCACAACGCACACUAUCAACAGAGUCUCGCAACAGAAUCAGACUGCAACUAUACAUACCAACCUUGCUGCUAAGCCGUUUAUGACACCGAUAGGACCCAUACAGCUAACUGCGGAAGAAUGCAACGAAAUUCUCAUGAAGAGAGCUUUACAAGCACAAGGCAUUGCAACUCCUGUGAUAGAUGCUUCGCAACUUAAUCAUACUAUUUUAAAUGGAGGUCUGAAGGGUCUUGCAGAGGCUACGGUACAACAAACUCAAGCGGAAACCAUUCAGACAACCACAGUACAUCAACAUCAUUUGUUGCAUACCAAACAGGAGCCCGGAACUGCUAAUAACUCGCCGAAAACGGUAUAUUCUCAGGCGGAACUGCUGAACACCAACUCCGUGAUGACGACAGCGCCCCCUGCCGCCGUCAAGGAGAGACCCUAUGGAUGUGACGAGUGUGGGAAGUCAUUCCUGUUGAAACAUCAUCUAACUACACAUGCCAGAGUUCAUACAGGUGAAAGGCCACAUGUAUGCGCUCACUGCGGCAAGGCGUUUGCGAGGAAGCAUUGCCUGAACACACACUUACUCCUGCAUUCUGCGCAGAGGCCGUAUAGGUGUGACGAGUGUAAGAUGGCGUUUACAUUGAAACAUCAUCUCGUUACGCAUUCUAGGGUCCACAGUAGAGAACGUCCGUUUGUAUGCAACGAGUGCGGGCGCGGGUUUCCGUUGAAGCGCCAUCUAGUAACACACAGCAAGUACCACGCGGGGGAGCGACCCUACGUCUGCAGUGACUGUGGAGAGAGCUUCGCGCAAAAGGAGCACCUAGUAAUGCACAGUCGUUUCCACGGCUCUCUAUCUCCGUACGUGUGUCCGGACUGUGGCGUGACGUUCGCGCGCAAGUUCCAGCUCGUCAACCACGGCAGGGUCCAUGGGAGGGUGCCGCACUCUUGUCCAGUCUGUGGGAAGGAGUUCUUGCAGAAACGGACGCUUGUUGGGCAUAUGAAAAUCCACACAGGAGAGGGCGCAGUAGCAUGCCUAGAUUGCGGCGAAGCCUUUAAAUGCAAGUCGGAAUUGCAACAACAUUGCAAGAUGACGCGACACUGUCUGCCCGCGCAACAACAACAACAUCAACAACAACACCAACAACAACAGCAACAACAAGCCCAGCAACAAGCACAGCAACAAGCGCAACAACAGGCCCAGCAACAAGCACAACAACAAGCCCAGCAACAGGCGCAGCAACAAGCCCAGCAACAAGCGCAACAACAGCAACAGCAGCAACAACAACAGCAACAACAAACAACUGUGAUAAAGCAAGAUGAUUUUAAACCGCAAAUUGUACAGGUUAUUGGUGCAGAUGGUCAAAUAGUGUCGGAAAAAGCUAGUCCGGGAUACGCGUGUCCAGAAUGUGGGUCCUGUUUCAACACGAAGGAGGCGCUGUCGCUGCACGUCCGUCUGCACGCGGGCGACCGUACGUGUGUGACGGACCUGUGCGCCCUCACCGCCGCGCUCACGCCCGGACUUGUCGCCGCGCACCCGCAGCACGGUUUUAUAAUCCCAGACCAGCCCAACAUACAGAUAAUUUCUUCAAACGCAAACAACGUUGGGCAUACGCAAGUCAUAGCUUCCAAUCAUCAAAUUAAUACUCCCAGACCGAAAGUUCACUUCUGUGGCGACUGCGGGAAAGGGUUCGCAGCUAAACAUGGAUUAAUAGCGCAUCAAAGGAGACACCCGGACGGCAGCUGUACGCUACGUACCCACGUGUGUGACCAGUGCGGGAAGGCAUUCUUCCAGAAGAACCAUCUCAUGCUGCAUCAACGGCAACACAUGGACCUGCCGCCUAGAGCUAGUCAAGGUCAAACUGUAACGCAACAACAAACUACACAACAACAAGUGCAACAGGCAACGCAACAACAAGUACAGCAACAGGUGCAACAACAGGUGCAGCAACAGGUGCAACAACAUCAAGUGCAACACCAGACGCACCAAGCACUCGAACUGGAGCAGGAUCACCAGCAGGCCACGCAUAUACAAGUUGUGACGAAUAGAUCUGGUCAGGUAAUCGGCAACCAGAUCGUUGUGGGAGGUCUUAGUGGGGGGCGCCGUCUCGUUGCUCCUCUACACAUCGUGAGCCGUGAUGUCAAGCCUAACCUGUCACAUCUGCACAAACACCACGCACGGCAACAUACCACCAGCGGUGAUGCAAAAGAAGUUGGUGGUCUAGUCCUGUCAGCAGGUCGGACUGGCCUUAUAAAGUACGAGAUCUCCCUCCCUCCCCCAACGUCCGUAGUGCAAGUGCAACAAUUAGACUGA